AUGCCUUCAGUGGUCAAGAAAAACAUCCAAACAACAGCCAACUGGUAUGACAAAGUGGGAGGUGGAAAAUCAAGAGAGAAAAUUCCCCAAUUCUCCAACUGGAGGGUUGGAAAACUCAAGUUUAGGAAUGACUAUAAUGAGUUCUCCUCUGGAGGGCUCAACAUCAUGGUGCAAACAUCCCCGCCAUCCCACCCUCCUCUCCUGCUUCUUCCCACAGCUGUCCUGAAGCCCCAGGAAGCCCUAGCUCAGCCUCCUCCCACCACGGACAGCUUGGAGUCAGAAGAGAAGACGGUGGAGGAGCACUACAAGACAAUUGUCCAAGUUUGCUGGGACGAUUAUAAGGGUCAAAUGGACCCUAUCGAAAAGGACUGGUGCGACUGGGCCACGAUUAGCAGGCCCUACAGCACCCUGCGAGAUUGCUUGGAGCAGAAUGCAGAGGAUUUUGGCCUGGGCUUCCCCAAUCCCUGGGCAGAGAGGAUCAUCUUUGAGACCCACCAGAUCCACUUUGCCAACUGCUCCCUGGUGCAGCCCACCUUCUCCGACCCCCCGGAGGAUGUACUCCUGGCCAUGAUCAUAGCCCCCAUCUGCCUCAUCCCCAUCCUCAUCACGCUGGUGGUGUGGAGGAGUAAGGACAGUGAGGCCCAGGCCUAGGGGGGCACCAGCUUCUCAACAGCCAGCUUAUUCCUCUCCCCUGUUCCCACCAGGUAUCCCUCCUUCCCUUCCUGUUCCCUUCUCUCACUGCCACCUACUACAGAUCCCUGGAUUGGUGGAAAUGGAAGGGGUCACAGCAAAAGUUCUGUAAUCUUCAAAAUAAAACUUUUUGUACAAUG